GCAAUGGGCGGCCACGAGCGAAACCGGUUUUGUUGCGUAAAUUUGGUGCGCUCUUAUUUGGUACAGGGUAUAGAUAGUCAUUUACGUUAAUAAAAAUGAAAAGUAUUUUUCAUCAGCAAUAAGCGGUAAAUAUAAACUGUGAUUAAAAUGGAUGAUAAUCUUGAUUUAAAAACUCCUACUGAAUCCAUUAAAACUGAAAUGGUCACAACUAACGGUAAUGAUGUGCCCAAAGAAAAUUUCAGAGAUAAUUCUACUAAAUCUACACCAAUUACAAAUAAAAUUCCAGAAAAUAACAAUCAAACUGUUAACUGUUAUUGCAAUAAAGAAAGGAAUUACAAUAUCAUCGAACUAUUAUGUGCCAACUGUAAUCGUUGGUAUCAUGAAUCCUGUAUUGGAUAUCAACUAGGUAAAUUGGUUCCAUUCAUGGUAAAUUAUAUAUUUGUCUGUAAAAACUGUUCACCCACUGGUCUUGAGAGUUUCAAAAAAAAUCCUGCAAUGUUUCCACAAAUGUGUGUGACUGCAAUUGGAAAUCUAAUGCAGGAAACUAUUAAAAGUGGAAACCCUCAAGUUUAUUUCUCGAGGGAUAAAGAUAUUAUUCCUUUUAUUGAAUCACACUGGGAGAGUAUGACUACAACUGCAAGGAGAGUUACACAAUCAUGGCAUUCAACAAUUACGAGAUCAUUAGUCAAGGAAACAGACAAUUUGUUCAGUGUGGUAAAUGGUGAAAAUGGUUCUCAAUCUUAUAAGUUAUUGAUUGAUAUUUCUGAAAUCAAACCAAAUUAUGAAGCGAUGAUAAAAGGGGGCCAUCUUAAAGUUACAGAAACUGGAAUUCAACCUA